AUGACAAAGGUGCUUUUGACAGGAGGCUCGGGCUUUAUCGCCGCCCACAUCUUGGAGCAGCUGCUCGCCAAGGGCCACAGCGUCGUGACCACGGUGCGGACCGAGGACAAGGCCGCCAAGAUCCGCGAGGCCUACGCCGACAAGAGCGCCGCCGGGGAGCUGCAGACGGUGGUCGUGCCCGACAUCGCCAGGCUCGACGCCUUUGACGACGUGGUCAAGAUCCCCGGCAUCGAGGUCGUGCUGCACACCGCCUCGCCGUUCCACUUCAAGAUCUCGGACCCCAAGAAGGACCUCGUCGACCCGGCUGUGAUCGGCACGACGGGAAUCCUGAAGGCCAUCGCGCGGUCGGCGCCGGCGGUGCGGCGCGUGGUGGUGACGUCGUCGUUCGCGGCCAUCCUCGACGAGCCCAAGAUCUCCAACCCAGCCACCGUGUUUAGCGAGGCGUCUUGGAACCCCGUGACAAUCGACGACAUCUACCGCAGUUCGGCGACGGCGUACCGCGCGUCCAAGACGUUGGCCGAGCGCGCCGCGUGGGCCUUUGUGGCGGCCCCGCCGGCGGACAGCGUCGCCAAGUUCGACCUCGUCACCGUCAAUCCGCCCAUGGUGUUCGGCCCUGUCGCGCACCACCUGGCCAGCCUCGACGGGCUCAACACGAGCAACGAGCGCUUCCUCGACCUGCUGCGCGGCAAGUGGAAGGCUGGCGGAGUGCCGUCGACGGGCGCCGCCAUGAUCUGGGUUGACGUGCGCGACGUCGCGGCCGCGCACGUGCGCGCCGGCCUCGAGCUGCCGGCCGCUGGCGGCAAGCGCCUGUUCACCACCGCCGGCUCGUACAGCAACGCCGCAAUCGUCGACAUUGUGCGCCGCAACUUCCCCGCCGACGCGGCUAUCCUGCCGUCCGACGACCAGCUCGGCCCCGGCAAGCUGCCACCUGCUGAUCAGCGGUUCAAGGUCGACAAUGCCGCCACCACCGAGCUCCUCGGCAUCGACUGGAUCCCGUUCGAGAAGACGGUUGUUGACACGAUCAAGAGCCUGAAGGAACACGGCGCGUGA